CAGACUCGUUCGUCGGCAGGUGGUUCCAGCUCGAGGGCUCCGGCCACCGGAGAGAGCGCAUAGGCUCGCGGUUCUUGACCGAGAUUCGUGCAGGCUUCACAACAUGGGCUGCCAUGGCAUAUAUCAUUUCCGUCAACGCUUCCAUCAUCAAGGACACCGGCGGCACCUGUGUGUGCACACAAUCCGACCAAUGCGUCAGUGACCAGACGUACCUCGACUGCGUCGCCGUGGUGCAACGCGACCUCAUCACGACGACAGCCGCGGUCUCUGCGCUGGCGUCCUUCCUCAUGGGCUUCCUCGCGAACCUACCCGUCGGCAUGGCGCCUGGGCUCGGGUUGAACGCAUACUUCACAUAUUCUGUCGUUGGCUUCCACGGCAGCGGCAUUAUCACGUAUCGCGAGGCACUCGCUGCCGUUUUUCUGGAGGGCUGGCUUUUCUUUAUCCUUUCCCUGCUCGGCCUGCGGCAAUGGCUCGCCCGUAUCAUGCCGCAGUCGCUCGUCUUGUCCGUCGGCGCCGGUAUCGGUCUCUACAUUGCAUUCAUCGGCUUGUCAUCAGGCGGUCUUAACGUGGUUGGUGGUGACACUACUAACCUCGUCGGCCUCGGCGGCUGUCUACCCCAGUACUACGAGUCGUCUACCCUAGUUGGUUACUGCGCCUCACACGUCCUGCAGGCGCCGACGAUGUGGCUGGGUAUCUUUGUCGGCGGCAUCUUCACGGUCUUCCUGAUGCUCUACCGCAUCAAGGGUGCGAUCCUUAUUGGCAUCUUCCUGACGAGCAUUAUCAGCUGGCCGCGGCCGACGUCGGUGACGGCUUUCCCGCAUACCGCCGCAGGCGACGAGGCGUUCGACUUCUUCAAGCAGGUCGUCGCCUUCCACCCGCUGCAGCUCAUCGGCAACGCGAUCGACUACAACCAGUACGGCAAAGGCCGGGUGUGGUACGCGCUCAUCACGUUCCUGUACGUCGACAUCCUCGACACGACCGGCACCCUGUACUCGAUGGCCAAGUUCGCUGGCCUGCGCGACCCGGUCACGCUCGACUUUGAGGGCUCGACGAUCGCGUACUGCGUCGACGCGUUCAGCAUCAGCAUGGGCGCGCUCAUGGGCACCUCGCCCGUCACCGCCUUCAUCGAGUCCGCGACGGGCAUCUCCGAGGGCGGCAAGACGGGCAUCACGGCGAUGACGACCGGCGCCGCCUUCUUCGUCUGCGUCUUCUUCGCCCCGAUCUUUGCGAGCAUCCCCUCCUGGGCGACCGGCGGCGCGCUCGUCAUCGUCGGCUCGCUCAUGAUCCGCAACGUGCGCGACAUCAACUGGGACUACAUCGGCGACGCGGUGCCCGCCUUCCUGACGCUCAUCAUCAUCCCGCUCACGUACAACAUCGCGUACGGCGUCAUCGCCGGCAUCAUCUCCUUCGUCCUCAUCAACGGCGUCGCGUGGGCCCUGCGCAGGACCUUUGGCGAGCGCUCCGUCCCGCCCAACUACGACGCGAGCGAGGCCUGGGUCAUCCCGCCCGGCGGCAUUGUCCCCACGUGGAUGCGCGUCGUCGCGGCGCGCGUCAGGCUCGCGCGCGGCCACGGCAGUCGCGCGGACCUGCAGCAGCAGCAGCAUCAGGAGGGCGUCGAGAUGCAGUACGGCGCGCGCGAGAGCCCCGACGACGAAUCGCUCGAGAAGCCCGCCUCCGCGAACACCGAGCCUAUCGAGGAGAAGGGGUUGUGAGUGGUGAAUGUAGGAGGGUCUCCGGGGAAGGGUGAGAGGUUUCUAAGUUAUUCUUUUUUUUUACAGUUGAUUGUCGUUCAUGCUGCGGCGUAUGUUAGGGAAGAGGGAAAGUUGGUUGUUUGUAUUUGUACUGUGCUGAGAGAGCUCGAAGUUGCUGUAGCUUUUCGAUUGCGUAUGUGCUGUCUAUCUGUCGUUGCGUAGAAUUUUUCUUUUUCUGUCUUUUGUUUGUAGCGGUUCUUUGGUUAGGGCGGGAGAGACGACGAGAGGAUCGUGCUUCUGUACAUGUGCACUUGCACGCUGCUCUUUGUUGUUUCUGCGCCGGCACGCUCAUUUGACACGUCUGAUAAUAUACACCUGGCUGUUAGAGUCAUGUUAAUGCCAGUAUUGAGCCUGAGAGAUUGAAGAUAUCCUCCGGCAUGGCUAAGCGCUCAAACAGCGACAAGGAAAGAGAGCGUUCUUUGAGUCUAUUAGUAGAUGAAGUUAUAGCGAGACAAGAGGUGCAGAAUUGCGGAAAGUUGUGGGCC